UUUGCUUUUGCUGUCGCAUAAUGAUUACGUAUGAGGAAAUAGUUGACUUGGACUGUUUACGUCUUUUCGUUCCUAAAUUAUAAACUAGGUAUCUAAAUGUUUAUUUGAAGUUAAAAUGAAAGCAACAUACGCAACCUAUUUCGUAUAUUAUGUGUUGAUAUCGAGUGGUAUUGUGAAUGCGUUCGAACCAAUCUCAACCACAUUUGUGGUCGGUAUGGGAGUAGGCCUAGCAGCAGUGGGCCGGACAAUUUACAAUUAUGUAUAUGAAAGUUGCGAUUCAAAAUGGAUUGCUUUUAAUUCAACAGGUUUGGAAGUGGCCCUAGAUCAGAAGCUGUUUGGUCAACAUGUUGCCUCCAGAGUCAUCCAGAAAGCUGUAACGGGUUUCAUGAACAAUAAAAACCCUAUAAAGCCCCUGGUUCUCUCUCUACAUGGCUGGACUGGCACAGGGAAGAACUUCGUCAGCCAGUUGAUAGCUGAAAACCUCUACAAGGAGGGCAUGGCCAGCAGUUUCGUCCAUCAGUUUGUGACUACUCACUUCCCUAAUUGGAGUCAGCUUGAGAACUACAAGUCUCAGCUGCAGCAGUGGAUCAAAGGCAACGUCACCAACUGCCCACGUUCCAUGUUCAUCUUUGACGAGAUGGACAAGAUGCACCCUGGCCUGAUCGACUGUAUAAAGCCCUACCUGGGUUACUCCGAAUAUCUGGACGGGGUCUCGUACCGUCAAGCCAUCUUCAUCUUCCUCAGCAAUGCUGGAGUACAGCACAUAACACAGGAGGCUCUGGACUUCUGGAAAGCAGGUCGAGACCGAGAGGAAAUAAAAUUGCAUGACUUAGAACCAGCUCUCUCCCUGACCUUGUUCAACAACAAGAAGAGUGGGUUGUGGCCCUCGAGUCUGAUGGACAGGAACCUAGUUGACGUCGUUGUCCCCUUCCUGCCUCUGGAGUACAGACACGUGCUGCUGUGUGUCAAGGCAGAGAUGUCCGCCAGGGGCCUGGAGCCCAACCAGGACGUGGUCGACCAGAUGGCCAGAGAGAUGGUCUAUUUCCCCAAGAGCGAGAAGAUCUUCUCCGCCAAGGGCUGCAAGACCAUCAACAGAAGGCUAGAUUACUUCACAUAGUGCAUGUUUGAGGCCAACUACGUUGCUUCCGGCGGCUGCAGACUGACUGAUCUAAUCAUAUUGAGCAGUAAUUUAGGAUGAAAGGUGGUUUGUUGGUCUGAUCAGUCUGUCUGAAGUUGCUGACGGUAAUGUAGAAGAUCUCAGAGAGAACAGCUACUGUAUCUAUCUACCUCCUACUCUACUGUGUGCUCUUUCUUAAUGAGAACAUCUCCACCAGUCGGGUGAGGAAGUUAGUGACUGAUGAUGACCCGCCCCUCAGGCCUCCCACCGUCAACACAACCAUGUGGAGGACAUCAACGUUCUUGUUCUGAUGGUCUCUUCUCCCUGAAGAUGGAUUACUGAGAGGGAGGAGGGCGGAUUUAAGAAGAGAUACAAAAAUAUAAUUAAAACACAGAGGGGAAACUCUAUUCUAUUUAACCAAUCGAGGUGCUUGUUCCUGAUUUGUAUAUUCUGUAAAUGAUUAUCUCCAAAUAGUGGAAGAAUCCUUUAAUUCAUGGCCACUUACUCAGCUUGGCCAGGAGCGCUUUAAUUAGGUCAGGUGGAAAUGUCCGACAGAUCUCAACUCCAUAAAAGGAGGACAUCGCCAUCGCCCGAUCUCGCUGCUUUCUCAUCCUUAACUUUGUCUAAUCUAGAAGUUCUGUGUGUCCAUAAAUCCAUGUAAGUCCACGGAAAUCUGAAUUCCCUAAUUAUGUUAAUAAUGAAUGAUUAUGAUUUGAUAUUUCUGAUUAUGAAUUUGAUUGGAUACAUGUUAUUCAGUUUCCUUUGUUAUGCAGCACAUACUACCCAGUAAAUAUACCACUUUAUGGUUAAAGGAAUUCCUGCAUCAGUCUCAUCCAUUCCUCCCCACACAGAUUCCACUGAUCUUUCAAUGGUCCUUCGAGCAGGAUCAUGACUGAGCUAAAGACAGGUGAAAAAUAAAUGGAGGGGGAGAAGGAAGAAUUGUCUCCACUGGAAGGAGAGAGGAAGAAAGAGCAGCUGAGGGAAAGGUCUUGGAACAAAUAAAAGAUCCAGGAGCUAAGCCUAAAGCAAUAAGGAAGGCUUCAUCCUCAGCCACCAGCAGCACCAGAAGAACCAGACAAGCACCUGGUUAUCUUGAGGAUUAUGUGGUCGAGUAUCCCACAUCAAAGGGCAAGCCCACCAGAACUCAAAGUGGUGAUGGAUCAACUGUACGUUUCAGCCAUCAACCAUCCCCUCUGAGCCAAGGACGGGAAAGUGGUCUACAGGAAGAACCUAUGGAGGAGGUAACUCCCACCGCACAGGUCGACCAGCUUCCUGAGGCAGGCUCCGCUCACCCCUUAACUAAUGGGAAAUCGUUGAGGCACUCUAGACGGAGUGACAGUUGGAUACCCCUUUGGAAGUGGCCAUGGCAGCCGCCAUUCAAUAGCCCUCAGCGAUUCACAGAACGCUGUCCUACUAGCUUUGGAGGAAAUUGAGCUUCAGAUUGAGGAGGAACGACAGGCUGGCGAACGAUGUCACCUAUUGGAUGUGCAGGCCCGUAGAGCUCUACAGGAACGGGAAUUCAUUGCCAAGGACCUGGCACAGCAGCGAUGGCACCGUCAAGCAAGAAGGGAAUUGGAGGAGGCACGAAUGGUCUCAUCCUUCCUGGAGAGGAACAAACUGAGUUGACCUGACCACCCCUCCACAUGGACCUGACCUGUCUGCCUUUCUUUCCCAAUCUGCCUCUCUGGCACAGCAUGGCACACAGUCCCCGGAGGCUCCGAGGCCAGCACGGGGGACAUGCCGCUCCGCCAACGCCCUCUAUGCCAGUGACACAAGUUAGCAUUCCUCCUUCAUCUAGACAAAGCAUCACUCCUUUGCUUUUAUGCCAAUUACCAACCACGGCAAAUCGUUCCACUCGGCCUGGGCCAAGCCAGUCAAACAUUUUUCAGCCAAACGGCUGAGGGAUACUGGGGCCGGACAAAUGCCAACACUCUCUAAACGACAGGACUCGCAGUCCAUGAGAUCAAUGUGAUGGUUAUAUUCUUCAAGAAUCAAUGGGUACAUAUUGUUAAUUGAAAAAGAUUUGGACAGCUGUAUGUAUUGCAGGUUUCCCCUUUAAUUGUCAUUGAAAAUGUAUCACUUGAAAUAUUGUCCACUGGAUACCCAUUGUGUAUUUUAUAUCUGUUGUCAAUACCCAGUUUACCAAUACCUAAACAUGGAUAAAUCUGCCUUUACUUGCAUCUAUUUUGCAUUUGUUUUUAAUCCUUUCAUUCACCAGAAGCAUUGUGUACAGUUUUCAAAAUCUGCUGUAAGUUUAUCUUUGGGGGUAGUCAUGACAUGACUGUGAGGAUCAGCUCUAUAGAGAUAUCCCUCACUCCAGCAGAAGGGAAGAGGUGGUGGUGGGGGGGGGGGGGGGGGGGGUUGUGACCCCUCACGCCCGUUGUAAAUUAUAAUGCAGCAGACCAACUCCGUUCUGGUCUCUGAGAUAUCGUAAUGUCUUUGUCCCUUAUGGAGUAUCUACCUCAGAACUAUCACAUGCAAUAUAUGGACUUUGGGACAUUCUAUUUCAUCAACCAAAAUGAGGACAGUUGGCCUAUGAAAAUGAAUGUUAAUUUUGUGAUGUCAUUAAAAGUUAAAUGAGGAUGUUAUGACAAACAUUGUAACUUUAAUAUGUACAUUAUAUACUUUAUAUACAUUAUAUACAUUACAUACUGUGUGUUGUGUAGGAAAUAUCCAGAUCAAAAUGAAUGUUUGUGUGAAGAUGAACUGUGAAUUUAGUUGUCUGACACCUUGCCUUGUAACUAGCUACACCUCAGGGAACCCAGGGAGCGUGCCACAAUGAUGUAAAUGCCCUCUUUCCCCCAGGGCAUAAAGCAUUUGUGUUAAGAGUUAACACAUCAGACUAGAGAUCACGUGCUGCAGCCUAGGUCUACUAUUAUUUGACCGCAAAAUGCAACACGAGGUUGAAUAAGACAAAGGAACCUCUUAACAAUACAAGGAGUACAAGGAGUCAGACAACUAAGGGAAAGGACAUUGUGACACCUUGUGGACAAUCAGAGACUUGCACCUGGCUAUCCGAAGAACAAGAUGCACAAAGCAGAACGCGGCCCACGAAGGCCUGGGCCCAUCAGGAACUCGGCCCACGAAGAGAUAUCCAACGGAGACCUUCAAGUAAAUACAUUCAAUAUAAUUCUGACGGAUAAGCGCGGCAGUUCAGGGCAAGGUGUUAGGGCUAAACUAAGCAUAGUUUACAUUUGUAUCCAAGUGCUUUUCUCUCGUGCACUCUCUUUCUCCAUCUCCAUCUUGUGUAACAUGUCAUAUUGUGUUGGCCAGCUAGGGACCUGUGUAACUGAAUUAAGUUCUAAUCAAUAAUCCUUAACCUAGACGGUAUGUGUAUCGUAUAUUAUCAUUUAGCUUGUUAGUAAAAAAAUAUUGAACUCAAUUGGUGUGGUACAGAAUGAUUUAGUGAGACCCGGGUUUGUGCAGAUUUAUGAAUUAUGCAAUGUUCAGAAUGAGACUUAUGAGGAAAUUAAUUAAUUAGGGACUGCUAUGAAAUCGAUAUUUUGAUAUUCUUUGUGUUAAUUUGGGAAAUGACAACUGGUUUAUUUUUCCCAUGGUGCCCAGGUUACUGAGUUAAUGGUUACCUGAUUAAUUUAAUCACGUAAUUAUAAACAAAGUUAAUCAUUCGAUGAAUAGCAUGUCAUCACAUUAAUGAUGAUAAACGUAACGACAUAUUUGGAGCCCCGUGCGAGAAAUCUAAGCUAAAACUAGGUCUCACUGUUUAAGUCCAUAGGAAUUGUGUAGCAAGAUACUUAUGGACCAAUAGCGCUGUAGCAAGCAUUAUUGUUGAGUGGGGUGUGUGUUGUUUUGUUUCACCCAGAUACGAAUAGGGAGAGAUUGACUCCGGUUGUAUAUCUGACAGAAGUCAGUGUGUAUAGGGGAAUUGCCAAAUGCCUACGAGUCAUGACAUAGGGGCUGACCGUUUUAAGCAUUUUAAGCGAUAGCAGCGUUGGGCCUAAACAAAUGCUAUUUCUGUCUCUCGCCCUCGGCGUGGGUAGACUCGGUCAUUAUUAAUUUCUAUGAGUCUAUGUACUGGCCGUUUCAGAAAUUUUAGUAGAUAUAUUUGCUUGACUGAAGCGAAGUCAUUAUCUCUCACGUUUGGUAAUGUGAGGAGAUCAAGGCGGGUGUUUAUUUAUGUUUCCGCAUAUUCCGGAAACAUUGCUAGAAUAGAUAUCCAAACUCCGCCGAAAGGGUGAAUGUCAAAGUUAACAAAGUGAGAGCAGACAUUUUUGUUUUUCCUUUGUUCCCUGUUUGAUUUUAGCUUUUUGCUAUCAGUGACCCCUGGUGAUGAAGAAUCGCUAGUAUUUUUCUUUUAAAUUUUUGCUAAAAAAAAUUCAGGUGGCAUACGUUUCUCACACCUAUUACAAUGGGGCACACUGUAUGGUAUCCAACCAAUCUCAACUGAUUGGAUAUCAUUGUCUCGUUCAAUUUAAUAAAUAAGUUAAAUUGCCA